CGCGCCCGGCGCUGGGCGGUCAUUGGGCGGCGUGAUCUCGCCGCGGUUCCGCGGCCCUGCCGCUGCCGCCGCCGCUAGCAGAACGCACCCGGCGGGCAGGGCGAGUGGCCAUGGCGGGCGCCGAGAACGAUCCGGGCCAGCAGCCGGAGCUCGACGAGGAUGAGGCAGCGUAUUGCCGGCGCUGGGGCGCGCAGCAUGCUGGGGCCCGCGAGCUGGCCGCGCUCUACUCGCCAGGCAAGCGCUUCCAGGAGUGGUGCUGUGUGGUCCUGUGCUUCAGCCUCAUCGUUCACAACAUGGUCCACCUCCUACUGCUGGCCCGCUGGGAGCACAUGCCCCUCGUAAUGCUGGGUGUCGUUGCAGGGGCGCUCAUUGCUGACUUCUUGUCCGGCCUGGUGCACUGGGGAGCUGACACCUGGGGCUCCGUGGAGCUGCCCAUCGUGGGGAAGGCUUUCAUCCGACCAUUCCGGGAGCAUCACAUCGACCCAACAGCCAUUACGAGGCACGACUUCAUUGAGACCAAUGGGGACAACUGCCUGGUGACACUGCUGCCAUUGUUAAACAUGGCCUACAAGUUCUGUACCCAGAGCCCAGAAGCCCUGGAGCAGCUGUAUCCCUGGGAAUGCUUCGUCUUCUGCCUGAUUAUCUUCAGCACCUUCACCAACCAGAUCCACAAGUGGUCACACACAUACUUUGGGUUGCCACGCUGGGUCACCCUCCUGCAGGACUGGCAUGUCAUCCUGCCUCGUAAACACCAUCGCAUCCACCACGUCUCACCCCACGAGACAUACUUCUGCAUCACCACAGGCUGGCUCAACUACCCUCUGGAGAAGAUAGGUUUCUGGCGACGCCUAGAGGACAUUAUCCAGGGCCUGACUGGUGAGAAGCCUCGGGCAGAUGACAUGAAAUGGGCACAGAAGAUCAAAUAACUCCUCCGAGCUGCCACCUCAUUGCCAACCUUCCCCAGCUCCCCAAAACCGAAGCCAUCUGCCAAAUUCCAGCCUCCUUGUGCUGGCCCCUUCAGGUGGAGAGGACACCUCCUGGGCUGGGCCCAGGCACCCCCAGCCCACCCCUUGUGACACAAUACUUGAGCCACUGAUUUUUCAUUUCCUUUUUUUCAUUUUCUUUCCUUGGCCCCUCCCCAGCCACCUGAGCUGCUCUGCCAAGCCUGACUCUGCAAAAAAAAAAAAAAACAGGAGCCCCGCCCUCCUAGCCAUCCCUUGGGUUGAGGAGAAGCUCACCCACUCUGCACACUCCUACUGCCCCUUUUCCCCCUGGGGAGCCCUUCAGCAUAGCUGGUAUUGGGGCCACUGAGUCGUCUUAUCUGUUUCUCUUUGUCUGCCCCCAGUGGUCUUAGGAGCCCCCAGGCACACCUAAGUGUCCCUGGAGCAUUACCCUGCCAUGGCCCUGCAAACUGACCCUGAAGGCCUGGACGGGUAGACAGCCCCAGUCACAACUUCAGCCUAGCUUGUCCACCAAGGAUGGCAAACUACAGCAAGGGUCUGGGGGCAGUGGCCAGAAGAGAUCAGAAUUUCCUGCCCAGUCUGGACCCCCGUCCUCCCCCACCCAUCCCCCAUUUGCCCACGUGAUUCAGCCAGAGCUGACAUUUCUAAUCAAAGGGCACAGCCUCUGCAAAGGGUCUUGGUCAUCUGGAAGGGGACAGUGUCCCCCCUGGCCAGAGGUAUGUCAGAGAAGGAAGAGUGGGGCUUUUUUGUUUGGGUUUUUUUUUUAAAGGUGCUUGCUUGUUUAAUGUAAAUAAUAGAAAGCCUUAAUAUCUUUUCUGUAACAUGGAGUAAUAUUUUAAUGUCAUGUUUUGGAUGUACAUAAUAUAUUUAUAACAAAGCA